CCUUCGGAUCCCAGUUGCUUCAGCCCUGCUGUCCGUCUCAUUCGCUGAGCAGGUCCGUGAAUUGUCAGCGCGCUCCAGGCAGCUGUUGAGCUGGGGCGGCCGCCAGGUUUGUGCUCCCUCCGAGGUGCCUGCCGGAGCCAAUGUGCCCCGGUGGGCUAGGGCGAGAGCUGUCGCCGGUUCGGGGCAACUUGGGAUUCAGGACCCGCAGCAGGGGCGUCGGUUUGCCAUCUGGACUCGUCGACGAGGAUGGAAAUCCUGUAUGAAUGUGGAAGCCAUUAGCAGAGUAAUUGCUGUCCGUUACCAUGACAACCAGCCGCUGCAGUCACCUGCCCGAAGUGCUGCCAGACUGCACCAGUUCAGCUGCACCCGUGGUGAAGACCGUGGAGGACUGUGGCAGCCUAGUGAAUGGGCAGCCGCAGUAUGUCAUGCAAGUUUCAGCCAAGGACGGGCAGCUGCUGUCAACAGUAGUGCGGACCCUUGCCACCCAGAGCCCCUUCAAUGACCGGCCGAUGUGCAGGAUCUGCCACGAGGGCAGCAGCCAAGAGGACUUGCUCUCUCCAUGUGAAUGUACAGGGACCCUGGGGACAAUUCAUCGGAGCUGCCUGGAGCACUGGCUGUCAUCCUCAAACACCAGCUACUGUGAACUCUGCCACUUCAGGUUUGCAGUCGAGCGCAAACCCAGGCCGUUAGUGGAGUGGCUCAGAAAUCCAGGCCCCCAGCAUGAGAAGCGGACUCUGUUUGGAGACAUGGUGUGCUUCUUGUUCAUCACUCCUCUGGCCACCAUCUCGGGCUGGCUCUGCCUACGGGGCGCCGUGGACCACCUGCACUUUAGCAGUCGGCUCGAGGCCGUCGGACUAAUUGCACUCACUGUCGCACUCUUCACUAUUUACCUCUUUUGGACACUAGUGUCAUUUAGGUACCACUGUCGAUUGUACAAUGAAUGGCGUCGGACCAAUCAGAGGGUGAUUCUCCUCAUUCCAAAGUCUGUCCACGUCCCUUCUAACCAGAAGUCCUUGCUGGGCCUCCACUCUGUCAAGAGGAACUCAAAGGAGACGAUUGUUUGAUGUCUGUGUGUUUGGUUGGUUGCUCUGUUGUUUGGGGUUUGGAAGUUUCUGCACUGGGCCACCCCGAAAUCAUUCCUCGAGCCCGUGGGUGGAAGAACAUCCAGGGCCAUGUUAUCACGUCACCCUGAGCAACAGACUCCGCCUGAAGAAAGCAAAUCCCUCUUUGACUUCAAAUCAUGGAUGCUGCAAUCAUAUGAUAUUUGCUAAGCUGCCAAACAUGUUUAUUUAGCAGAUACUGUAUGGAAUUUUCUGAACACCUCUUUAACAUAUGAGGAAGGUUGUCCUGCUAAGGAUGCAAUACAACUCUUCCUUUUUUAUUACUAUUUCAAAUAUAUAUAUAUAUAUAGAUAUAUAUAUAUUCAACUUAGAUGAUAAUCAAAGUUGAAAAGCCAAUGUUAAAACUGAUUUCGUGGUUGGUUUGGAUGGGUUUUGUUUGGGUUCGUUGGUUUGUUUCCCAGUUUCUACUGUAGAUUCUUUGGGGUAAUUUGAUAGCUUGAGUGGUCUUUUCCAUCUCUUCCAUGUCCCUUACUCAAGGGGACAGCGUAACAGCUGCAGGACAAGUCGUAUUUGAAGGAUGUUUUGUACUAAACUUCAUUUAAUUAUUCAGUUUUUAAAGGAAAAAACAAGCGUGGCAACUCUCCCCACAGUGAACUGUUUACUUAAAUUUCAUUAAGGAGAAAAACAAUUUAUGGUGAGAAGCACGCUCCUUUCAACUUGUUUGGUAAUGGCAGUUGAUAGAAGCUAUUUUCUAAUAAUAAAUAUCCAGUGUGUGAAAGACAAACCCC